AUGUUUACCCCAUCCAAUCUCAAAACCUUGCACCCUCAUCAAGUUUCCUCAGCAAAAUCAACACCAUCUUCAGCCAUAAGCUCAAUGAAGAUCAAAAACCUUAUCCACACCCUUAUAGUCUCUCACAUGUGUAGAAUCAUUCGUGCACUGUCCAAAGUCAAAGCCUUUAUCAUUGAGAUUCUUAAGGAAAACCAUUCCAACAUUCACUUCCCUUACCCUUCUCAUAAAAAGCAUUGCAGCAAAAGCAAGAGGAUCAUUUUGGGUUCCUUCAGGCUUCACUAUAACUGGUGUUCUUCCAAAUCUUCUCAUGUUCUUCCAGUCCCUUCUCGAGUCUAUGAAGGUUUGCCUUCAGCUGGUGGUGAAGAUUGCCAUGACUCACAGCUAGCAGGGUACCUUCAAUGGCUUGAGGAGAAGGUUAAUGAUGGUGGUGUUAAUAAUGAAGGUGCUAAAAAUCAUGAACAGGAUGAGAUUCACGAGAUUGAUAUGCUAGCGGAAAUGUUCAUAGCCAAUUGCCAUGAGAAAUUCAGGUUGGAAAAGCAAGAAUCUGAUAGGAAUUUUCAAGAAAUGUUGGCUAGGAGCAUGUGAAACAAUUAACAAAGGUGCAUGUUUGAUGUUUAUGUUGCACAAAAUACCAAGUUCAGUCACACUUGUUAAUUAGCGUGGGGAAAAACUUAUUGUUAUUAUUAUAUCCAUGGGGUGUAAUAAAGAUAUGGUCUUUAUAAUUUGCCUUUUCCUUUAUUGU